AUGGCCUCGCUCCCGCCCUCCUCGCGCGCAGGCGCCGGCUCCGCCGCGAGAGCCGGCGCCGGCCGGCACCGCGGCGUGCUGUACGGCUCGCUCUCCUCCUUCCUCUCCGUCACCGCGAUGGCCGUCAUGUUUCCGUUCAUGCAGGUCCGGCGCGACGCCCUCGGCUGUGACGCGCUGUGCCAGGGCGGGCAGACGUCGCUCCGCUCGGCGCUGACGCUGGUCGGCGCGGCGGUGAUUGGGCGCGCGUCGGACCGCGUCGGCCGCGUCCCGAUGCUCUGGGUCGGGACCGCCGCCUCCCUCGCUUCGAUCGUCAUUUCGCUGUCUAGUGACUCGCUGACGGGCAUGCUCGCCGUUGUCCCGGCCGCGCUGCUCAACCAGAACUUCUCGGUGUGCAAGGCGCUCUUCUCGGACUACAUCGACGAGGCGGGCGGCACCGACGCCGACAAGGCCGGCGCCGUCGGCAAGCUCGGCAUGGCGGUCGGCUUCUCCUUCAUGGCGCUCCUCCUCUCCGCGGCCAUCACCGCCGCCUCCUCCUGCCUCUCUCUAGGCUUCCUCUCGCUGCCCGUCCUCAAGCUCCGCGGCGCGCAGCUGCUGAUGCUGGUGCGGCUGAAGAUGGCGCUCGCCUUCCACAUGUUUGCGCCCGUCUGGCAAGUGUGGUACUCCGCAGGCUCGUCGGCCUGA